AUGAAACCUUUCCAUGGUAUCACAUUUUGUCCCACAGCACUCGAUGAUGCAACAUCUAAAUCAAUAUCGAAAAAGAUUAUAAAAUUAGGUGGUGAAUAUGCAAAGGAUUUAACGCGUCAAUGUAUGGUAUUAGUGGUGGGCUUUUCAACGGAUACAAAUAAGUAUAAGUUCGCUGUGCAAUAUCGAUAUGAUAUCAUCUUCAUCAGUUAUAGAAUCAUUGAUGAAUUAUACCAACUUUGGUUAGCUGGUGAGGACAUUACUUUGAAGGAACAUUCAUCGUUUAAGGCCUGGGAACACAACCAGGUGGAGAGAAUGUUGCAGGUCUUGAAAGCAAGAUAUUCUGCUGAUCCUCUGAAGAAUUUUUAUUUGUUUGUAGGAAGGAUAUCCAGCGAUUUGCAUUCUGUCAAUGAAAUUGAAACAAUAUCUCACGAGUUAGGUUGUUAUAAAUGUGAAGUCUCGCAAUUUCUGAAAGAUGCGAAAUCACUUAAUCCAUCAAGGAACAUUGUUUUUAUUACAGAUUCUGCUACAGGUAUACGAGUAAAUGCAGCACGAGAUCAAGGAAUUCCAAUAGUUCAUCAGAAAUGGAUAGUAGACUGUCAAAUUAGAGGUGCUAUGCUACAAUUUGAUCCAUAUUAUUUAACUGAUAAUGUAGCCAAGUUAUCCUUUGAAGAAAUUGGGAGAGGUGCAUGUAACUGUUGGGCAAAAAUGGGAACGAAACAUGGGAAUAAUAAUGAACUUUUGAAUAAUGAUACUUCAAGUGCCCCAAUGGUAACGUCUUCUAUAUAUUUAAAUGACAAAUCAAAAUUGAUCAAUAAAUUUAAACCACAGGGUGAAAAGUUAUGGCAAAAUGUAAUGGAAAACGACUUCAGAUCAAAAAUUAAAGAUACAAAACCUUUACUGCCGACGAACUACAAUCCUGGUAAUGAUAAUGAACGUUCACCGAUAUUCCAAAAUAAAUCAUUUUUCUUCCACAAAGCGUUUACUCCCAAACAAAUUAUGAUUCUUACUAAAGUAAUUAGAAAAAAUGGAGGCCAAGCGGAGAUGCACUUGAACGAAAACAUAUCAUUUGACUAUUUACUUGUUCCUAGUGACAUCCCAACUGAAGAAUUAGGAUUAGAGGAGGAUGAUAUGGAUGAUCCUCUUGCAUCUGCAUCACCCGUCACUGAAUUUUUCAUCGAAAGAUGCUUGCAUUACAAAAAACUAAUAUCACCGUUAGAUUCUUGGUCUAAACCAUUUUAUUAUUCAGAAAAGUUUUUAAUAAACCCAGCAACUGCUUUACUUCACAGUCAUAAUAACAAAUACCUCAAUAUUGCCAUCACAGGUUUCCAUGGGGUAGAAUUAUUACACCUUACUAAAAUAUUACAUAUUCUUAAACCAAAUGGAAUAAAAUUCAAUGAAUAUCUAACAAAAGACACAGAUGUACUACUUAUAAAUCUGGCUGCCCUAUCAAGUAUACCACACUCACACUCGCUUUGGCAAAAUGAAUUUAGCGAUCUAUUUAAAGAAGAUUCUAAUUCACAACCACAAGAGAAAAAGAGCCAAGUCUUUAGGAAUUCAAUGAAAAGGAAGAUUGAAUAUGUUAAGAGGGAUCACCAUAUUCCACUUGUCACACCCGCGUUUUUAAUUAGUCUUCUUAGACAAUCCAAGAAUUUGUUAAGUACUAAUAACCCUCGAAAUUCAGAAAAGAUUCAUCUUAACAAUAUUAAUUGGUGCAUAAGCUGUCCAAAGGGAAAUAAAUUAGACUUUGUGUGCGAAUUAGUACGAAACGAUUCACUGAAUGAGAAUGUGGAUGUGAAUGAAAAGAUUUUCGACUGGAGAUCGACCACACCAAUUAAUUAUAAGAUCGAUACACCCUUAUUAUCGCCGUCUAAAAGGACUUCAUCAAUGAUGUCUCCUCCGAAGAUCCGAUCUAAAACAGAUGAAGUAUUAUCAAAAAUGCAGAAUUCAGCAAUAAGUGAAAAUUCUUCGAGGAUUGUUAGAAAACGCAUAAAAUCUAUUCAACAGGAAGAACAUCAUUCCAUUAUGAACUCGGCACCUUUACCAGAGCGUUUGAUAUCUCCCUUGAACACUCCACUGAAGAAGCCAAAACUUGACCAUAGCAAACCGAAGCCAACUAUUACAAGGACGUCCAGUUGGGGAACUAUGAUGUCAGAAGAAUUAGAAAAUAAUGAAAAAUUAAAAAUAAAAGAACAAUCAAAUAACCAGCAAAAUACAAAUAUAGAGGCUAGUGCCAAUAAUAUGGGACUCACCCAAGUCACAUAUGGUUCUCCUUCGAGUGGAGCUAGUAAAUUAGUUGGUGCUGUUAGUCGAACUAGAAGAUUGACGAGAAAGAAAGUUGAACAAUUGGGAUUGUGA